GGGAGUUGUAGUCAUCGCAGAAGCAGGAGGUGGGGCGUAAGGCUGGCGUUCUGCUUCCUUCCGGUCGCAACGGACUCGCAAAGGGUUUGUUGUGCGCCACCUCCUGGGCUCCCCGGCAGCGGGCCUUAGCGACCGGACUUCGUGGAUGCGCUGGUUCGGUUGAGCCCUCGGCCACCCAUGGCUCCUCUCACGCCGCAGCUGCUCCUGCAACGUGGGCGACCCAAGACGGAUAAGCUGGGGAAGAUUCAGAGUUUGAAUCGAAUCUCGCGCCAAACGGAGAUGUGGGAGAUUGGUAGCCAACCCCCAGUGUCGGGUAAACCUGGAGCGAACGCCCUUAGCCUUGCGCGGAGUGGAAAGACUGAUGAGAUAUUAAGGGAUGUUGAGGGAUCCUGUGCCAGAGAGGUGGCUUCAAAACGGCCAGGUAAAGACCCAGUCACCCUCCCUCCCAGCAAGCGGGUGCGUGCUCUCCCACCAGCUCAGGCUGAGGGCAGUCCUAUGGGUGCUGAUGGAGGGCAGGCUGCCCUACACCUGGAACCCCUGCACUUCCUGCAGUGUCAUAGCAGAAACAACAGCCCAAAAGACCUGGAGACCCAGCUGUGGGCCUGCGCCUUUGAGCCGGCCCGCGAGGAGGGACACUCGAGAGCCCCGUCCCAGACCGUGGCCACAUGUGGUGGAGAGGCUGUUUGCGUGAUAGACUGCCAGACAGGCCUCGUACUCCAUAAGUACAAGGUACCAGGCGAGGAGUUCUUCUCAGUGGCCUGGACAGCCCUCACGGUGGUCACCCAGGCAGGCCACAAGAAGCGCUGGAACAUGCUGGCAGCUGCAGGCCUCCGAGGCAUGGUCCGGCUGCUGCAUGUUCGUGCAGGCUUCUGCUGCAGNGUCAUCCGGGCCCAUAAGAAGGCCAUUGCCACCCUCUGCUUCAGCCCCAGCCAUGAGACUCACCUCUUCACUGCUUCCUACGACAAACGGAUCAUCCUCUGGGACAUUGGGGUGCCCAACCAGGAUUACAAGUUCCAGGCUCGCCAGCUCCUCACGCUCAACUGUGGUUCUGUCCCCUUGCGCCUCUGUCCUGUUGCCACCUGCCCAGACGACUUCCUACUGGCUGGCUGUGAGGGUGGAUGUGGUUGCUGGGAUUUGAACUCUGGACCUUCGGAAGAGCAGGUUUGUGAGGCGAACUUCAUCUUCUCUGAGGACUCCAACGUGUCAGGACAAAGAGUCGAUGGGCUGGCAUUUGUGAAUGAAGACGUGGUGGCCUCCAAAGGUAGUGGACAGGGCACCAUCUACCUGUGGAGCUGGAGCCAGACAUGGGCAGGCCGGGGCAGACAGUCUGUGUUGCCCGUAGUCAUCCUAGUCCGGCUGCAAUGGUCANCCACCAACCUGGCCUACUUUUCACUCAGCACCUGUCCCGGCAAAAACCUCGUGCUGUGUGGGGACGAGGAAGGCAGUGUGUGGAUCUACGAUGUUGAACACCUCCUGAAGCAGCCUCCACAGGCAACAACUCUGCAGCCCCCAACACAGAUCCUGAAGUGGCCCCAGCCAACAGCAUUGGGCCAACCAGUGACCAAGACCAUGAUAAACACAGUCGUGGCCAAUGCAGCCUUCACCUACCUCACUGCCCUGACAGACUCCAACAUCGUGUCCAUCUGGAAGAGAUGCUAAUCUGCCUGCACAAGGCAGUGUGUCAGGACAUGGCUUGUUAGCUUGGGCCAAUGGGAGAGGGGUUUGUACCAGUGAGUAUUUUUUAUUAAAUUCUCUAUUGUGGAGUGGA